GGAGAAAAGAUCUGGAUCCACGAGAAUGAAACCAAUUCAACAUAAACACAUCUCACAGUGAACAAUGUAUGUGCCUCAGCUGGAUUUUUCACUGGUCUAAAAUGACAAAUCAUAAGGGUGGUGACAUACUGAUACAUUAAAUCAUGACAUAUUUAUUAAUCUUUUCACAGAAAGGGACCAGAGAAACCCAAAUCCAUGGAUGAGAGAAAUUCCACCAAAGUGAAGGAGUUUGUACUUUCAGGGUUCACAGCUGACUUGCAGCUACAGAAAGUGUUCUUUGUCAUCUUCCUCAUCAUCUAUGUCAUCAGUCUUCUAGGGAACAUGACCCUGAUUUCUCUGAUCUGUGCUGAUACUCGGCUCCACACACCCAUGUAUUUCUUCAUCGGAAGCCUGUCAUUCCUGGAUCUCUGGUAUUCUUCUGUGUAUGUCCCCAAAAUCCUAGUGACCUGUAUCUCUGAUAACAAAAGCAUCUCUUUUGCCGGCUGCCUGGCUCAGUUCCUCUUCGCUGCAGGACUGGCCUAUAGUGAGUGUUACCUGUUGGCCACCAUGGCUUAUGACCGCUAUGUGGCCAUCUCCAACCCCCUGCUCUACUCCCAGGCAAUGUCCCCAAGGUUAUGUGCCAGCCUUUUUGCAGCUUCAUACCUUGGUGGCUUUCUGAGCUCAGCUAUCAUCACCAGUGAGACAUUUACCCUGAGCUUCUGUGGGAACAUUAUUGAUGAUUUCUUCUGUGAUCUGCCCCCACUUGUGAAGUUGGCCUGUGAUGUGAAGGAGAGCCUCCAGGCUGUGCUCUAUUUCAUACUUGCUUCCAACGUCAUCGCUCCCUCUGUGCUCAUCGUCGCCUCCUACCUUUUCAUCAUCGCUGCCAUCCUGAGGAUCCGCUCUGCUCAAGGCCGCCUGAAGGCCUUCUCCACCUGUGCCUCUCACCUGAUGGCCGUCACCUUGUACUAUGGCUCCAUCCUCUACAUUUACUCCCGGCCAAGUACCAGCUACGCCCUGGAAAGGGAUAAGGUGGUGUCGGUGUUCUAUACUGUGGUGAUACCCAUGUUGAAUCCCUUGAUCUAUAGCUUAAGAAAUAAAGAUGUUAAAGAUGCUGUGAGGAAAAUGGUAGGUAGAUUAAGUAUUCCUAAAUGAAAAUACUUGGUCAGCAAUGGCUAUGGCUUCUUUUUUAUUUUACAGAUUAUCUUCAUUUCUUGGUAUCAGCCUAUACUCAUGUUGUAAGAAAAGAAGUAAGAAAAAAAGAAAAUCAUCAGAUAUUGUGGAAACAGAUUUCAUUUUUUUUUAAGUUGGCAGUGUUCUUGAAUAUGUGUUUGAAAUAAAUUAAUAUGGGUCCAUUGGAAAGAGUGCUGUGCAUGCAUCCUAGGAAUAGUGUCAAUAAAUGACUGGGAUUUUGAGAAAGUUGAAAAAAAUCAAAUUAAAAAAAAUUCGCUUAACAGUUCAUACUUUGCUUGUAAAUAUAUCACUUUAAUCUCUAAAUGGGACUAGUAAAAUUGGUUACACAAUCAUUGUCAUGAUUAAAUGGAUUAAAUGACUAUUUCAAGUUAUUUACUUCAUAGAGAAAAACAGGAAUUCAAUGCCAGAAAUUCUGGCUUCAAAGGUUCUUAGGCAUUUGUUGGGAGAAACAGUGAGUUAAGCCUGAAAUGAAAUACAUAUUGUAAAAUGCCUUAGAAACUAAUUUAUUUUUUCUUAUUUGGUUUUCUUUUUUUGCUUGAGGUGUCACAAAAUUUUUCUUGGCGUUAGAUACAGGAGAGAAUAAGUCUUUACUUAGUUCAUUGUAAGGUUCACAUACAAGGAUAUUUUCCCCAACAAUCAAAAGAAUCAAGGGCAAACAUGUAGUAGCUGUAUGAUGGAGAAAGAAAUGAACAAAUAGACAGUCACAGACAACAGGUAGAGAGAGAUAAAGAGAUAUUUCCAAAAGCUCUAUAUCCAAGAGAAGAUUUAGAAUGAAAAUCUCUAUGAGAAGAAAUGAUGAUACGUAAGGGUCUGUGAAUGUUUGUAUUUCUUUGCUUGUUCUGUUCUAUGUGUAAAUUAGUGAAAAGUAAGAGCGCAUUUCAUUAUGAUUCAUCACAUUUUUCAAUUUUGUCUUCCUACCUAUAAAACAUGAGGUUGCACCAACAUAAGAAGCCCUACUGUUGAUAACCAAGUGGACUCAUUUGCUAGGGCUGCCAUAACAAAAUAUCACAGACUGGGUGGCUGAACAACACAAGUUUAUUUUCUCAUAGUUCUGGAGGCUAAAAGGCCAAGAUUAAGGUGCCAUUGAGGUGGAUUUGUUCCGAGGCCUCUUUCCUUUGGCUGCAGAUGCCCUGCUUCUUGCUUUCUCCGCAUAUGGUGUUUUCUCCAUGCACAAAACUUGCUGGAAUCUCCUUGUGGGCCCAGAUUUCAAUUUCUUCCAAGACAAUGGAUUAGGGCUGCCUUUAAUCAUCUCAUUUUAACUUAAUCACCUCUAUAAAGCCCUAUCUCCAAAUAUGAUCACAUUCUGAGUAUGUGGAAUUGGGGCUUCAGCAUAUGAAUUUUGAGUGGAUUUAGUUCACAACAUAACACAAAGAACUGAUAGGAGUUUCCUGAUGAAUGAGACAAGGAAGAGUAGCCUGGACAGAGAAAGGAGCAUAUGGGAAGGACACAAUAUAUGGACACAUGAUAUGUUCUGAAAAAGUGUAAGAAAGACCAACUGUAAAGUUUCUAUUAUAUGACACACUUAAUAAUUUUAUUGUGACAUAGAUCCAUUAAUACAGUAUAGUCGGAAUAAAAUAUGCCUUAUUUCACCAUGUCCUAAUUAAUUUAUAAUUAUCCAUACCCCAUAUGAACUCUAAUUGGUUCUUUGGAGACUGGGAUACGUAAUUCUGAGCCGCUGUGUGGAGGCAGUCCCAAAGGGCUCUCGAAGAAAUACAUAACAUGCCCAAUAAAG